GCUGGCCUGCUCAGACAUGACACUGCGGCAGGUGGUGCAGCGGUGGCCGGGCAUCGCUGAUGUCAGCGUCGCCGAGGUCAUGAACCGGCUGCUCUGCCUCAAGAGGCUGCUGCCGGGGUGCAAUGUGGCGAGCAUGGUAGCGCUGCAACCGCAGAUGUUCCUUGCCAGGACCACGGAUCAGCUGGAGACGCAGGUGGGCAGUGCCUACGACAUAAUCCAGCGCGAUCUGCCCACCUCCUAUGUGGAUGCAAUGAUCCAGGAUCGGCCAGCAAUCCUGUUCAUAGAUGUGGGCUGCCUGCCGAAUGCAGUGGAGCAGCUGAAGGAUGUCAUUUCCUAUCCCACCGACCCUGCCACACUGGGCAACCUCCUCUGGGCGGUCAAGCAGUGAGCUGUUGAUUGUGAGAAUGUGUGCUGCAAUUUUGUGCAGCUGUACAAUAUGAGAGUUUCCGCCCAUUUCAAGUGCCUUGACUGGUUUUUGAAGAGAGAUGGUUUUCGAAGAGAGAUUUACAGGAGCAUGUGGGGUGAUGGGUGAUUGAGCAGAUAUGUUCACCUUGUACUGGUGGUGAGGGCGUUGCUGUUGAUGGCAUUGAUAUAAUGUAGACUACCUUCAUAUGUGUUUUGCGCAUCACUUAACCGGAUCUGUUGCCUGUGGAAUUCGAGUCAAGUUCUUUGAGGCUACUGGUUGUUUUUUGUGUGUGCCGGCGUAACGGUGGUGUUGUGUGCCUGUAACUGCCUGGAAAAGGAAUCCUCACAUUCGAAUAUUUUACCUGAUCAACUUACAUGUAAUGCAGACAACCGCAGACAAUUGUAAGCUAGCUUUAGGCC